UGGCUCCUGAGUAUGCAAUGAGAGGCUACUUGACAGACAAAGCUGAUGUUUAUAGCUUUGGAGUGGUUGCAUUGGAGAUUGUCAGCGGGAAAAGCAACACAAACUAUAGGCCAAAGGAGGAAUUUGUUUACCUUCUUGACUGGGCUUACGUCCUACAAGAACAGGGAAAUCUCUUAGAACUAGUGGAUCUGCGUCUCGGUACAAGUUACUCCAAAAAAGAGGCAAUGCGGAUGAUAAAUCUGGCUCUGUUGUGCACAAAUCCCUCUCCCACUCUCAGGCCAUCCAUGUCUUCGGUCGUGAGUAUGCUCGAAGGAAAGCUUCCGGUGCAAGCACCGCUAGUCAAGCGCAGCACAUCAGACGACGAAAUGAGAUUUAAAUCCUUUGAGAAACUAUCACAUGACAGUCAAACACAGGUUUCGACUUACUCUCAGGACAGUCAAGUGCAAAGUAUGAAUGCACCUUGGAGCGAUUCGUCGGUCCCCAGUAAAGAUGAAGAAAAUGGUACUUCCACAAGCAGGCUUCUUCCAGAUCUUUAUAACGUAAACCUAGAUUGAUUGACGGAUAUAUAAUAGUGCAGAAUUUUAGAAGUAGCUUUUUAUUUCCAUCAUGUAAUUAUGGUUCAACUGUAAGCAACGAUUUUCGCAGAGUGUUACAGAGGUCAA